AUGCCGCUGGUCUUGAUGUGCGGGUUCCCGUGCAGCGGGAAGUCGCUUCGCACGCAGCAACUGAGGGACUUCUUCCAAGUCAAGGAAAGCGUCCAAGUGGUGGCCAGCGACGAGGAACGAUCGCUACGGAACAGCGUCUUUGCAGAUUCACGGAGAGAAACGCAGUUACGAGGCGAGCUUAAAUCCGAGGUAAUCCGCCUGUUGUCAAAGGAGCAGCUGGUUAUUCUUGAUUCUGCGAAUUACAUCAAAGGUAACGAUGUCACCACUGUGCAGAAAAUCAAAUUUUUUUCGUCUUCAAGUGCUGCAUUGAUUCUACUAUUGGGCACAAAUUUCUAUUCCUCGCGGCAUUAUCUUCCAGGUUUCAGGUACGAGCUCUACUGCCUGUCCAAGUCCGUCAAGACCACGCACUGUGUGAUCCACACUGACACAGCGGUGGACACGUGUUGGCAGUGGAACAGCCAGCGGCCCCAGGAAGAGCAGUACAGCAAAGAGAUAUUCGACGGACUGGUGCAGAGGUUCGAGGCCCCGGACUCCCGCAACCGGUGGGACAGCCCGCUCUUCACGCUGCACUGGGACGAGGAGCUGCCCCUGGAGGCUGUGUGGGAGGCCCUGCGGGGCAGGAAGGCCCCUCCCCCCAACCUGGCCACCCAGUGUCAACCCCUGGCGUCGCCCAACUUCCUGUACGACCUGGACCGGCUCACCUCGGAGACCAUCAAGGCCAUUCUCAAGGAGCAGUACACGUGUGCGGAGGGAGACGAACUCGCAGUUCCCGGAUGCUCCGAGAAAGUGGUGCUGCACCACAGGUUUGGGGCGGGGGAGCUGACGCGGCUGCGACGCCAGUUCCUGGUGUACACCAAGAGCCAUCCCGUGGACGACGUGGCCAAGAUCCCAAACCUGUUUGUGCACUACCUCAACACCACCGCCUCCUGACCGGACGGACGCCACAGAGGCCUGGCAGCGACGGGUUAAUAAAGGCCCAUUUUCGGGCGGAAGGAG